AUGAAUCGUAUGCCGACAAAAGAGGAAAUUCAAAAAAUAGUUCAACGUUGGCAUCAAUUAAGAGAACAAUAUGGUGAUCAAGUUGUUAAUGUACCUGAAUUUACUCAAUUAAAUAAAACUAUAAAUACUAUAAAGCAACAUCAACAGCAAUUGCAACAACAAUAUCAACAACAGCAACAACAACAACAACAACAACAAAAUAUGGGAAAACAACCUAUUCCUCCACAACAACAAGUGCAGCAACAACAGCAAGCACAUCAAACACAACAACAGCAACAGCAACAACACCGUCAGACUUCUCAACAAGGAACUCCUCAUCAACAACAUCCUGUACCACCAACACCUCAACAACAAUUUGGAAGUAAUAACAAUAAUAAUAAUAACUUUAAUAAUCAACAAUUUUCUGCUCAACCAAGUCAUUCACCAGCUAUUGGGAUAAAUCUAAAUAACUCUGCUAAUGGAACUCCACUAUCUCAAAAUUCAAAUCUAGCUGCUGCUGCUGCUGCUGCCAACAUAACUAAUAAUAACACUAAUAACAAUUUUACAAAUGAUAGGUUUCCUCCUCAAUUUGGUAAUAAUCAAGAAAUACAAAAUAAUGGAUCUCAACCACCUCAAUCACAAAUGCAGAAUCAAGUUCCCAACAACAACUGGUUAAUGAAUCAACAACUGCCAAUAACCAACUCAGAAUCUGCUUUUACAAAUCAACAACAACAACUAUUUAGAUCUCAAGUUCAAGCAUUAAAAUAUUUAGUAAAGUCUAAUCAAAAUCCAAUACCAACUAAUUUAAUAUCAUUUGUUACUAAUCCUGCUUCAUCUUAUCCAAAUGAUAAUUAUCUACCAGCAACAGCUUCAAAGCAAAAUAAUGCAAGUGUUGAUUUAAGUCAACCAUUUCCUCAACAACCACCACCUACUUCACAAAUGCAACAAAAUACACCUAAUUUACCAAAUAACACCAACGUCAACAAUCUGAAACCUGAACCUGAGAAGAAGAAAGGUAAAAGGGGACCAAAACCAAAGAACAAAGAUCAACCUAAAAAGAUGACUAAAAAACAAAUGAGAGAAGAAGAGCAAAGAUUAGCAGCUGAAAGACAAAGACAAAUGCAGGAAAAUCAAAUAAAACAAGAGCAACAAAUACCUCCGCAAAAACAACAACUAGGACCAGUGCCGCCAAAUCAACAACAAAUGAGACAAUUUUCACAGAAUGGCCCACCUCCAAAUCAAACUCAAUUCCAGCCCCAAGUGAAUCAACCAACGAAUUUGAAUGUGUCUGCUCCACCUACUCAAUCUCAACCGCAACCAACUCAACAAUCUCCAUAUGUAUUUGCUGAUCCUUCACCACCAGUACUUCUUAGUAAAGUUGUUAAUGAAAGCAAUAAAGAGAAAAAAAUAGUAGUUCCAAUUACCGAACCAAUUACGGAAGUUGAUACUUUCCAAAUUGCAGAUAUAGUGGGAGAACAUGCAAAAGAUGUUCCAUUAAGUACUUUAUAUUUACCACAAAGUAGAUUUCAAAUACCAUCUUUAAUGCCAGAUACAAUUGAUAUGGGUCAAAUAGCUGUCAAUCGAGAGCUAUAUAUGUUAUUGAGUAUAGAAAUGGAAAAAGAUUCAAUUAAAAAAGGAUUAUCAAUGAUAGAUGAAGCAGAAUCUGAAAGAAGAAAAGAAUUACAAACUAAACUUAAUCUGUUGGAAAUAAUAGCGAACCAGAAGGAAGCGAGAGGUAAAGUAUUAACUCAAAUGUGGUUUAAUAAAUCUUUACUCCCAAAUUCGCAUCCAAACUUUUUGGCCAGAUUUAAUACUUUAUCAAUGGAAAGUGUUGCAUUAACUAUAGAAUUGUAUCGUACUCAAUUAGAAUCACAAAUGGAAGAACAAUCUAAAAAACAUACUAUGAUUGUUGAACAAGUUUUAAAUUCAACUAAUAGAACCACCAUUAAAUUUACCAAAAGACAAGAAAAAGUUUCACGUUUCAUCAGCAAAGUUUCUAAUUUCCAUGCUCAAACUGCUAAAGAAGAACAAAAGAAACUUGAAAGAAUGGCCAAACAACGUUUACAAGCUUUGAAAUCUAAUGAUGAAGAAGCUUAUUUAAAACUCUUAGAUCACACAAAAGAUACUAGAAUUACUCAUUUAUUAUCACAAACUAAUCAAUUUUUGGAUUCAUUAGCACAAGCUGUUCAAUCACAACAGAAAGAAGCUCAAGAAAAUCUUGCUAGUGCUGGUCAAAAUCCUGACGAAGAAGCACCAACCGCAGCAGUCAACGAAGAUGAUAAAAGAGAAAAAACAGAUUAUUAUAAUGUUGCUCAUAGAAUUAAAGAAGAAGUUACCAAACAACCCUCAAUUUUAAUUGGUGGUACUUUGAAAGAGUAUCAAUUAAAAGGUUUACAAUGGAUGGUUUCAUUAUUUAAUAAUCAUUUGAAUGGUAUAUUAGCAGAUGAGAUGGGUUUAGGUAAAACUAUCCAAACUAUUUCAUUAUUAACUUAUUUAAUUGAAGUCAAAAAAAUUUCUGGGCCAUAUUUAGUUAUUGUUCCAUUAUCAACAGUUACAAAUUGGAAUCUUGAAUUUGAAAAAUGGGCACCUUCAGUUAAAAAGAUUACUUACAAAGGUACACCAAAUCAAAGAAAAGUUUUACAACAUGAUAUCAAAAUGGGUAAUUUUCAAAUUCUUUUAACAACUUUUGAAUAUAUUAUCAAAGAUAAAGCUUUAUUAGGUAGAGUUAAAUGGGUUCAUAUGAUUAUUGAUGAAGGUCAUCGUAUGAAAAAUGCGAACUCCAAGUUAUCUGAAACUUUAACUACAAAUUAUCAUAGUGAUUAUAGAUUAAUUUUAACUGGUACUCCAUUACAAAAUAAUUUACCUGAAUUAUGGGCAUUAUUAAAUUUCGUUUUACCAAAAAUUUUUAAUUCGGUAAAAUCUUUUGAUGAAUGGUUUAAUACACCAUUCGCUAAUACUGGUGGUCAAGAUAAAAUCGAGUUAAGUGAAGAAGAAACUUUAUUGGUUAUUAGAAGAUUACAUAAAGUAUUAAGACCAUUCUUGUUAAGAAGGUUGAAAAAGGAUGUUGAAAAAGAUUUACCAAAUAAAAUUGAAAAAGUUGUUAAAUGUAAGAUGUCAUCAGUACAAGCUAAAUUAUAUCAACAAAUGUUACGUUACAAUGUGUUAUAUGCUGGUGAUUUAGAAGAUGAUAAUGCUGUUGUUCCAAUUAAAAAUGCCAAUAAUCAAAUCAUGCAAUUGAAAAAAAUAUGUAAUCAUCCUUUUGUUUAUGAAGAUGUUGAAAAUUUUAUAAAUCCAACGUCUGAAAAUAAUGAUCUAAUUUGGAGAGUUGCAGGUAAAUUCGAAUUGUUAGAUAAAGUAUUACCAAAAUUCAAAUUAACUGGCCAUAAGGUAUUAAUUUUUUUCCAAAUGACUCAAGUCAUGGAUAUUAUGGAAGAUUUUUUAAGACUUAGGCAAAUGAAAUAUAUGAGACUUGAUGGUGGUACUAAAGCUGACGAUAGAACUGAAUUGUUAAAAUUAUUUAAUGCACCAGACUCAGAUUAUUUUUGUUUCUUGUUAUCCACAAGAGCUGGUGGGUUAGGUUUAAAUUUACAAACUGCAGAUACGGUUAUUAUUUUUGAUACCGAUUGGAAUCCUCAUCAAGAUUUACAAGCUCAAGAUAGAGCACAUAGAAUUGGUCAAAAGAAUGAAGUUAGAAUAUUAAGAUUAAUUACUGAAAACUCAGUUGAAGAAAUGAUCUUGGAAAGAGCUCAUGCAAAAUUAGAAAUUGAUGGUAAAGUUAUUCAAGCGGGUAAAUUUGAUAACAAAUCAACAGCAGAAGAACAAGAGGCAAUGUUGAGAGCAUUAAUUGAAAAAGAAGAUGAAAAGAAACAUAGAGGAUCAGAUGAAAAAGAAGAAGAUUUAGAUGAUGAUGAAUUAAAUCAAAUUAUCGCAAGAAAUGAAGGAGAAUUGGAGACCUUUAAAAGGUUAGACGAAGAAAGAUAUAUUGCAACAAGAGAUGCUACAUACCCAUCAAGAUUAUUAUCAGAACAAGAAUUACCACCGAUUUAUAGAAAGGAUCCUGAAGAAGUUUUGAAAAAAGAAGAUAUAUCAACUGAAGAUUAUGGUCGUGGAGCAAGAGAAAGAAAAACUACUAAAUAUGAUGAUAAUUUAACUGAAGAACAAUGGUUAAAACAAAUCGAUGGAGUUGUUUCAGAUAAUGAUAGUGAAGAAGAAAUAGAUGAUGAUUUAGAUAGUGAUGAUGAAAUAAAAUCAAGAACUCCAUCAACUAGAGGUAGAGGAUCUGGUCGUCGUGGUCGUCCUGGAAGAGGUCGAGGUAGAGCCAGAGCUACUUUUGAUAGAGAAGAUAGUUAUAUAUCAAAUACUGAAAAUGGUGAAGAUUCAUCAUCUUCAAAGCGUUUAGCUGAAGACGAAUCUGAAGAUUCAACCACCUCAAAAAAACAAAAACUUGAUACUCCAGAAGUUGGAUCAAAUAAUGAAACUAAUGCUCCAUCAACUGCUACUACUACCACUCCAUCAGAAACAACAACCACCAACAACACAGCGCCUACAACAGCUAGUACUAGAGGAAGAGGCGGUGGCAGAGGUAGAGGUCGCGGCCGUGGUGUUGGGCGUGGAAGAGGAAGAGGAAGAGGUUCAUUAUUAUCAAGACCAACACCAUCGAUAGAUCCAUUAACACCAGACGAAAGAGCAAGAUUACAGAAUGAAAUUGAAAAUAUUUUAGGACUCAUAAUGAAUCACACAGAUGAAGAAGGUAGAAAAUUAAGUGAUUUGUUCUUAGUUAAACCUUCUAAAAAAUUAUAUCCAGACUAUUAUAUUUUAAUUAAACAUCCAAUUGCACUUGAUGUCAUCAAAAGAAAUACUUCAACUAAUACAUACACCAAAAUUAGAGAGUUUUUAGAAGAUAUUCAUUUAAUGUUUAGUAAUGCUAAAAAGUAUAAUGAAGAAGGAUCAUUUGUUUAUCAAGAUGCUGUUACAUUGGAGAAUAUAUGUAUCAACAAAUUAAAAGAAUUAUCAAGUUCAUUAUCACAAGAACAAGUUGAUGAACUUUUAGAUUUUCAAGAAUUUGAUCAAAUCUUUUUAUAG